AUGAGCGGUCGCACGACAAAACGCGCCGGCGUGGACAAGGAAAAGGCUUGGGCUUCGGGACGUGUCCUGACGCCUGAGCAGCGUGCGAGGAAACAAGAUGCGGACCGAAAGGCGAACCGCUUUUUGAAAAAGGAAGUCCAGGACCGUCUUGCACUUCUGGAGGAGCGUGUACUCCAAUUGGAGUCGGAAGCCUCCACCGCCACGGCAUCUGGCCUUACCACUGCAGGCUUAGGCGUCAAUGUACCGUCUACCACCCUACCAGGUGCAGGCGCCCUCUCUUCAAGCACCAACACAACCUCACAUGGCUCAAUGACGACAAGUCCGGGAAAGGUGUUACAAUGGGAUGAUAUGCCGAAUGGAGCUGGACAGUUCGAUUGCUCGCAACUGGGAAUAUCCCAGUCGCCAGGUGUCGAGACUUUAGUGGAAGGCCUUCCGCGAAGCAGUGCCAUUGUUCCCGCUGUAUCUGCAGCCGCAUACUUCCCCGGAUCUGACGCCUUGACGCCUGCGAUUCAAACGCAAACCAAGAACCCCUGGUCCCCGGCUACGUCCAGUGCGCGGCCUAGAGCCGAAGGAAGGGACCUCACCAACUUUCUGAACAAUCUGGUCAAGCACAUCCGCAGUAUAUCACCAGGAUCCGUGUGCUUCGAUGAUAGAUAUAAUCAAGAUGUCAUCAUCACCGCGGUUCUCAAAGGCUGGCCGGCAUUGUCGAAGUACCAACAGCAGUGCCCACUCUGGGCUGUACUUCAAAUGGUAGAUCAAUGCCUGUUCAAGGACAUCAACCUCGUGGAGAGAAUCAGUGUACUUCGUAUGCUGCACCUGMGGUACCUGUCCGAAGUCAACGUUCACCUGCCGACAGUAGUGGAGGGGCCUUUGCCGCCAUGGUUCAGUCCGCAGGCAACGGAGGUAGUAGUCCAUGAACCAGUUGUGGAACACCUCACAUGGCCCCGACUCCGGGAACGACUGAUGGGAGCACAUAUUAAUGUCCUGACGAACAAGUUCUGGACCUGCUUUGCUCGCAAUCUUCGAGUAUCGUGGCAACGCGAACCGUUAGACGUCAUUGCCUUUUCACCAGACUCACACCUUUACCAACUCUCUCCAGAGUUUGAAUCGUCACUCUUCGAUAUGCGAUCCUGGCGAAUGGACACCCAGUUCUUCCAAGAAUAUCCUGGCCUAUCCGGCGACAUUCCGCCUGAUAGCUAUGUUACAAUGCGUACCAUYACUCCAAAGUUUGGAGUCGCUGAGAUGGUCGAGGCAGAGAAGGCAAUGCAUCCCGAUGCGCAGCACAGACGAGCCACCUUUCAUGGCGACCCCCGACAGCGAUUCAUGCUGAAUCCGAUCGAGGCAGUACCAGGUCCUUUCGAACCGAUAAGGCAGUUCCAGCCCGUAGUCUGGAACGAACAAACUUCUGCCAUGUGCGAUUGGCAGGGCAUUCGAUGA